AUGGCGGGGCUGCGGGCGCUGUGGCUGCUGGCGGCGCUGGGCGCGGCGGGGGGACACCCGCAGCCGUGCCGCGUCCUGGCCCGCGCCGGCCCCGCCGUGCGCCUCGGGGCGCUGCUGCCGCCGCCCGCCCCCGCCCGCGCCCGGCUCCGCGCCGCGCUCCGGACGGCCGCCGGCCCCGGGGAGGGUCCUGGCGGGGGUCCCGGCUCCGGAGGGGCGGCGUUGCCCUACAACCUCAGCCUGGAGGUGGUGGCGGGAGCCCCGGCGGCGCGGGACCCCGCGUCGCUGGCGCGGUGGCUCUGCGGGGCGCUGGUGGUGCGCGGGGUGGUCGCCGUCCUGGCUCUGCCCCGCUCCCGCCGGGAGCUGCUCCAGCUCGAUUUCCUCGCCGCCGCCCUCCAGAUCCCCUUCGUCAGCCUCCUCGACGCCCCCGCUCCCGCACCGGCCGGCGCCCCGAGCCCUUUCCACUUCCACAUGGACCAGCAGAUCUCGCUGGAGACGCUGGUGGACCUGCUGGUGAGCGUCCUGCAGGCCAACGACCGGCAGGAGACCAGCCUGGUGCUGUGCCACCCCUGGGAUGUGUCCGGCUUCCUCGGCCUCUGGGCCCAGCGCUCCCAGCUCUUCCUCCGCACCGUCCUGGACCUCGGCUACCUGGAUGAGGCCAGGGCCAGCCGCUCCCUCCGGCAGCACCGGCAGCGCUUCAGCUCCCUCUCCAGCCCCGUGCUGCUGCUGGGCUGCGACCUGCGGCGCGCUCGCCUGGUCUUCGGGGCGCUUGAGGAGUUGGGGCUGCAGCCACACGACUUCCACUGGAUGCUGGGCUCCCCGCUCAGCGCUGGCGACCUGCAGACCCAGGGGCUGCCCCUGGGGCUGAUGGCCUACGGGGAGGUUGAGCGGCCACCGCUGGAGCUGUUGGUGCAGGACGUGGUGGGCUUGGUGUCCCGCGCCGUCGGCAGCGCCGCCCGCGUCCGCCCCGACCUGGCUCUGCUGCAGACGAUGAACUGCGGCGACGGGCAGCGGCCGGGCAGCGAGUCCUCGGGGCUCUUCCUUUCCCGGUUCUUGGCCAACGCGUCCUUCCACGGCCGGACGGGGCCGGUGCGUGCGGAGAACACGACGCUGGUGCGGCCGGAGCAGCGGUUCCGCAUCUGGAGCCUGCGGAGGGACCCUCGGGGGGAACCCGCCUGGGUGACGGUGGGGACGUGGCAACACGGCAAACUGGAGCUGGAGGAGGGCGCGUGGCGCAGCCGGGGCCGGCACAAGAACCCCGGCGAGGAGGGUGGCGGAGCCCGCGCCAGGCUGCGGGUGGUGACGCUGGUGGAACAUCCCUUCGUCUUCACCAGGGAGGCCGACGAGGACGGGAGUUGCCCGGCCGGGCAGCUCUGCCUGGACCCCGGCACCAACGACUCGGCGGUGCUGGACGCCCUCUUCCAGGAGCUGAGCGCCGGCAACGGCUCGGUGCCGCGGGCGUACAGGAAGUGCUGCUACGGCUACUGCAUCGACCUGCUGGAGAAGCUGGCGGAGGACGUGCCCUUCGACUUCGAGCUCUACAUCGUGGGCGAUGGGAAAUACGGGGCGUGGAAGAACGGGCGCUGGACGGGGCUGGUGGGGGACCUGCUGAGCGGCACGGCACACAUGGCCGUCACCUCCUUCAGCAUCAACUCGGCUCGGAGCAAAGUCAUCGACUUCACCAGCCCCUUCUUCUCCACCAGCCUGGGCAUCCUGGUGAGGACCAAGGACACGGCGUCGCCCAUCGGGGCCUUCAUGUGGCCCUUGCACUGGACCAUGUGGGUGGGCAUCUUCGUCGCCCUGCACACCACCGCCCUCUUCCUCACCCUGUACGAGUGGAAGAGCCCCUACGGCAUGACCCCCCACGGCCGCAACCGCAUCAAGAUCUUCUCCUACUCCUCAGCCCUCAACCUCUGCUACGCCAUCCUCUUUGGGCGCACCGUGUCCAGCAAGACCCCCAAGUGCUGCACCGGCCGCUUCCUCAUGAACCUCUGGGCCAUCUUCUGCCUGCUGGUGCUCUCCAGCUACACGGCCAACCUGGCUGCUGUCAUGGUGGGGGACAAGACCUUUGAGGAGCUUUCGGGCAUUCAUGACCCAAAGCUGCAUCACCCCUCGCAGGGCUUCCGCUUUGGCACGGUGUGGGAGAGCAGUGCUGAGGAGUACAUCAAGAAGAGCUUCCCGGAGAUGCACGAGUACAUGCGGCGCCACAGCGUCCCCACCACCCCUGCCGGCGUCACCAUGCUCAAGACAGAGCCCCCCAAGCUCAACGCCUUCAUCAUGGACAAGUCACUGCUGGACUACGAGGUCUCCAUUGACUCUGACUGCAAACUGCUCACCGUGGGCAAACCCUUCGCCAUAGAAGGCUACGGCAUCGGCCUCCCCCAGAACUCUCCUCUGACCUCCAACGUCUCCGAGUUCAUCAGUCGCUACAAGUCCUCGGGGUUCAUCGACCUCCUGCAUGACAAGUGGUACAAGAUGGUGCCCUGUGGCAAACGCGUCUUCGCCGUCACAGAGACCCUGCAGAUGGGCAUCUACCACUUCUCGGGGCUCUUUGUGCUGCUGUGCAUCGGGCUCAGCGGCUCCCUGCUCACGUCCCUGGGGGAACACGUCUUCUACCGCCUGGUCCUGCCCCGCAUCAAGCGCAAGAAGAAAUUCAACUACUGGCUGCACACGAGCCAGAAGAUCCACCGGGCUCUGAACACGGGCACGGAGGAGCAGAAGAGGCAGCAGCUGAGCUCGGAGCAGAGGGCCGAGCUGCGGGCGCCGGCGGGGGAGCAGCCCUGGAGCGUGCUGCGGAAGGAGGUGAGACGGGUUCGCUUCCAGCUGGACACAGCCCCGGCCGAGGGCUCCCCGAGACACCCCGGGAACGGGCGUGCGCCGCGGCCCCCGGGCACGGCGGCCGACGAGAGUGAGCUGCGGGAGCUGGAGGAGAAGAUCCAGGAGAUGCGGGAGCAGCUGCGUGCGGCCCUGGCCAGGAAAAGCGAGCUGGUGGCAGCGCUGGGCACGGCCAGGAGCAGCCGGGCGCUGCCCGAGCCGGCAGCCGCGCAGGAGCCGCCGCAGCGCAGGUGACGUGCGACGGGGGGCCCGGGACAAUGCUCGGCCCCCAAACCAGCCCGUCGGGGUGGCUGAGCGGGGAGCUGGCGGGGACAGACCCCCCCUCCCCGGUCGGAGGAGGGAUGGAAGGAGAAGGGCCGGUGCUGGGGAGGGUCCUGGGGCUGCCUCCCUUGCCCAGCACUGGGCAUUCGGCUCCUCCCGCAGGC